UCACUACUAGAACUUCCAGCCUUUGGAAGCAUCUUAGGGAGAAGAUUCAGGGUCACAGCCCUCUGGGUGCCAUGGACAUAAGUGGUCCUGUCAUCAGCCCCUUUUCCAAAGGGCACUUUUCUGAUUUGGCCUGCCUAGAAAGUUGGGCUAUUUCUUUGCCAGUGGUCUGUUUAGUGGCCUGGAACACAUUCCUCAAACCGCAAGUCUCUCCCUAAAGCCCAGGUGUAGAGCUCUAGACUCCUCCCCAAAGAACCUGCCAAGAAAUCUAUCCAGAAAGCCAGACCCUGGUAGACCCUGGUAGACCCUGGUAGACCCUGGAAAGGGUGGCCAGGGACAGCGAGGCCACCCUGCUCACAGAGAAGGUGAAAGACUGAAGGCCAGAAAACAGUCUCUCCCAUGAGGAAGAAGCACCUCCCAUUUAAUAAUAGUAAUCAUUGCCGCUACCAUUCACGGGGUGCCCAGGAAAGGCUGGGCACUGCACACUCAUCUUCUCACUGAAGCUUCAUAGCAACUGCCCAGGACUGUUAUUAUCCUCACUUACAGAUGAAGAAACUGAAUCCUGAACACAGGUCAUUCUGGCUCCCAAGCUUGUGCUGUUUUUCUGGUGCCACUCUGCAUUUCUCCCUCUGAAAGGUCUCACAUGCCAUUCACUUCUACCUCUGUCUCCUCCUCUACCACACCAUGCUGAUUCACUCGACAAGCAUUGUUGACUACGAAGGCCCAGGAGAGGGUCUGUGCAUGGCACUGGAGGGAGGUUCGUUCCCCAUCUUGCUUCAGUUGGGUGCCAUGAGUGGGGUUUUACCAAAAAUCCUCCCUUGCCUGUGCACAGUUCCCAAAGAACCUCCGUCCUGAGACCCAGGGAAUGGAAUGCAUCAACCCAGCCAUCAUCGGCUGAAGCACAGGCUCGUUAGUAACAGGAACCCACACCUGCACCACCCUUUACGCUCUGCUUAAUCCCUUCUUAACCCUCAACUCACCUGAUCUUCUCAACAACCCUGUGAAAUAGGGAAGCUACCCUCCCUUUGCUGAUGGGAAUCAGAGGGUUGGAGGGGCAAGGUCAUCCCUUCCACCUACCUCUCCGGUAGAGCCAGGACUAGAAGCAGGCUUCUGGACCUUAGUGAACAGCCUUUCUAUCACAUCCCAGGGUCCUCUUCCACAAACAGCAUCCACAGCCCACUCCCCUCUGAUGACCUUCGUUAGUCAAGGGCAGCCUACUUCCCUGUGAGUUACCCUUGUUCAACCACACCUCAGACUGGCCACAGUUGCCCUGAACUCCCCAACCCCAAAUACAAACCCUCCCUCUAAUCUGCCCCUGCUCCCCACUUCUUCCAGCGUCCUCCUAGUGGCUUCUCCUGGCCCUGGAGAGCAGGGGAGAGGGGAAGGGACCCAGAGAUGGGGGAGGAAAGGCACCUCCAGGGCCCUGGCACCUAGCUCUGCCCAACAGCUCCUGGGAUGUCAGUGAGGUUGUGCAAACAACAAGGAGGAGAGAGAUGCCAGUACACAAGGGUGGCGGGAAGGAUAGGCACCAGAAGCUGUGGGAGAGACAGCAGGCAAUGGACCAUCCUGACUUCCCCAAACACGCCAUUGUCCCUCCCAGAGAAACCUGUGGGUGAGGUCCAAGGCAUCCUACUCAGGAAGGGUCCUCCUGGAGUCCCCUCAGCCACCCCUCUGUCUCACAGAAGGCUGUUUUCUCUAUUUGUUCCAAGCCCAUUGGCUAAAUGAUAGGAGUCUUUCUGCCAGGGAAACUGAGGCCUAGAGAGAGACAGAGGUUUUGGGGGGCUCUAGGGACCCAGGAAGGAGCAGGCUCAACAUACUGAAUCCAGCUGUGACCUCUGCCCCAGUACUCCCACCUGCUCUUCACCUGGUGCUUGGCGGGGGUGAGUGAUGUCACAGGUGUGCAGUGCCAGCCACGUGCUGGCGCCAAGGGAAACAGCCACUGUAAGGGUGUGUGUCACCAGGGCCCGGGAAGGAAGGCCACCAGAAGAAGUGACUUGGUGGAGGGGAGGGAGGCACCUUGCUGCAUGGGGCGGGGAGGACCAGCAUAAAACUGCUGCAGCAAGGAGCAGAGAAAGAAAGCCCUGGCUGUGUGAAGAGGGGUGUCCUUCAUCUUCCCUCUCUCUGCUCCUCCCAAAGCUUAUAAAUGCUCCAGACAUGAGCCAGCCCCGGCCCCGCUACGUGGUAGACAGAGCUGCAUACGCUCUCACCCUCUUCGAUGAGGAGUUUGAGAAGAAGGAUCGGACUUACCCAGUGGGAGCAAAGCUUCGCCAUGCCUUCAGAUGCUCCUCCACUAAGAUCAAAACUGUGGUGUUUGGGCUGCUUCCUGUGCUCUCCUGGCUCCCCAAGUACAAGAUCAAAGAGUACCUUCUCCCCGACGUGCUCGGCGGCCUCAGUGGGGGAUGCAUCCAGGUGCCACAAGGUGAGAAGCCCCUCAGUCAUGCCCAGCCCGCUACUCCCUCUAGUCCUCUCCUUACCCUACCUCAACUCUCUGUGACCUCCAUAAACCAGCCGUGCUCUGAGCCUUCACUCUCUUUGUCACCCGCAGGCAUGGCAUUUGCUCUGCUGGCCAACCUCCCUGCAGUCAAUGGCCUCUACUCCUCCUUCUUCCCCCUGCUGGCCUACUUCUUCCUGGGGAGUGUGCACCAGAUGGUGCCAGGUACCUUUGCCGUUAUCAGCAUCCUGGUGGGUAACAUCUGUCUGCAGCUGGCCCCAGAGUCUAAAUUCCGGGUCUUCAACAAUGCCACCAAUGAGAGCUAUGUGGACACUGCAGCCAUGGAGACAGAGAGGCUGCAUGUGUCAGCGACACUGGCCUGCCUGACUGCCAUCAUCCAGAUGGGCCUGGGCUUCAUGCAAUUUGGCUUCGUGGCCAUCUACCUCUCUGAGUCCUUUGUCCGGGGCUUCAUGACAGCCGCCGGCCUGCAAAUCCUGAUCUCGGUGCUCAAGUACAUCUUCGGACUCACCAUCCCUUCCUACUCAGGCCCAGGGUCCAUCGUCCUCACGUUCAUUGACAUUUGCAAAAAUCUUCCCCACACCAACGUCGCCUCGCUCAUCUUCGCCCUCAUCAGCGGGCUCAUCCUGGUGGUGGUGAAGGAGCUCAACGCUCGAUACAUGCACAAGAUCCGCUUCCCCAUCCCCACAGAGGUGAUCGUGGUGGUGGUGGCAACAGCUAUCUCUGGAAGCUGUAAGAUGCCCCAAAAGUAUCACAUGCAGAUCGUGGGACAGAUCCAUCGUGGGUUCCCCGCUCCAGUGUUGCCUGUGGUUUCACAGUGGAAGGACAUGAUUGGCACAGCCUUCUCCCUGGCCAUCGUGGGCUACGUCAUCAACCUGGCUAUGGGCCGGACCCUGGCUGGCAAGCACGGCUACGAUGUAGAUUCUAACCAGGAGAUGAUUGCCCUGGGCUGCAGCAACUUCUUUGGCUCCUUCUUUAAAAUCCACGUCAUUUGCUGUGCUCUCUCCGUCACUCUGGCUGUGGAUGCAGCUGGAGGAAGAUCCCAGGUGUCAAGCCUGUGCGUGUCUCUGGUGGUGAUGAUCACCAUGCUGGUGCUGGGGUCCUAUCUGUACCCUCUCCCCAAGGCUGUGCUGGGAGCCCUGAUAGCUGUCAACCUCAAGAACUCCCUCAAGCAGCUCGCCGACCCCUACUACCUCUGGAGGAAGAGCAAGCUGGACUGUUGCGUCUGGGUGGUGAGCUUCCUCUCCUCCUUCUUCCUGAGUCUGCCCUACGGUGUAGCGGUGGGUGUCGCCUUCUCCAUCUUGGUUGUGGUCUUCCAGACUCAGUUUCGAAAUGGCUAUGUGCUGGCCCGGGUCAUGGACACUGACAUCUAUGUGAACCCCAAGACGUACAGUAGGGUCCAGGAAAUCGAGGGGAUUAAGAUCGUCACUUACUGUUCCCCUCUCUACUUUGCCAACUCAGAGAUCUUCAGGCAAAAGGUCAUUGCCAAGACAGGUAUGGACCCCCAGAAAGUACUACGUGCCAAGCAAAAACACCUCCGCAGGCAGGAGAAGAGGGCGAUGCCCACACAGCAGAGGAAAUCUCUCUUCAUGAAAACCAAGACGGUCUCCCUGCAGGAGCUGCAGCAGGACUUUGAGAACACCACCCCGACCGACCCCAACAACAACCAGACGCUAGCCAAUGGCACCGGUAUAUCCUACGUCACUCUCAGCCCGGACACCUCCUCAGCUGUCCCAUGUGAGCUCCCCAGAGAGCCCAGUGACACUCUGGCCAGCGUCCCGCCCUUUGUCACCUUCCACACCCUCGUUCUGGACAUGAGUGGUGUCAGCUUUGUGGACCUGAUGGGCAUCAAAGCCCUGGCCAAGCUGAGCUCCACCUACGGGAAGAUCGGAGUCAAGGUCUUCUUGGUAAACAUCCACGCCCAGGUGUACAAUGACAUCAGCCACGGAGGUGUCUUUGAGGACGGUUGUGUACAGCGCGACCACGUCUUCCCCAGCAUACAUGAUGCGGUGCUCUUUGCCCAGGAAAAUGCCAGACAUGCAGUCCCAGGACAGAGCUCCCAAGGGGCCCCAGGGGACACGGAGCUUUCCCUGUGCGACUCAGAGGAGGAGAGCCCAGGCUACUGGGACCUAGAACAGGAGAUGUUCGGAAGCAUGUUCCACACAGAGACCCUGACCGCCCUGUGAGGCCCGGCUGCUCCCACGCUGCCUCCAGAGCACCUGCCGCCAGGGACUUCCAUGGAGGAAAAUCCCAGGGUCGCAGGGAGUGACAGGGGAGGAGAGUGUGGCCAGCAGGAGCCUGGCUCCGCUCUCCCCUCCUCCUUCGCCUCAGCUCACCCCUGCUGGGAUGAGAGUCUGAUGAACUCACCUCCCCCAACCUCAGCCCCCACCAGCAGUGCACGAGCCUCGGCCCAUUCCGUGCCGCCCACCCAUGCCUGCCCACGGCAGCCCCUGGAUGCUGUGACUUUGAGAGUGAGCCAAGGACAGGACAAGGACAACUGCGCUGACCUGGUGUACGAGCUUCACGAGGGUCCUGGGGCCUGCACGGGUUGGUGACAGAGGAUGUCCUGCUGUCACAGGACACAGAGAUAAACUUAGUUAGAAGACCAAGGCUUGUCCCCUCCAGAUGCCCCAACUCCAUGGCUGGCAGCUCUGUACCAGGGGGCACGUGAUCUCCCCAACCUAGGAGUUUCUGUCUCAGUGACCACGUCCCUUCCUCUUCCAAAGGCUCCCAAGAUGGCCACUGGCGCUUCAGCACUCCAAACUCCAGCCAAGGCAGUGGCCAGCCCCUCACAACCACCAAAGCCGCCUCCCCAGCGAUGACCCACCGAGGGGCCGCCUCGGCCUCCUGAAGCGCCAUUUGUUUCCCCCAAGAGGCUGCUCCCUUCCACUUGAGGCUGAGUAGGAGCCCCAGAAAGGGGGGCAGGCAGCUGGCAGAAUCUUCUGGCAACCUAGCAGCAGAUACUAGUGAUUCUGCACAAAGGCUUUUGGGAAUCCCUCUUUGUACCAGAGAUGUAGAAGGGGCAGUGCUAGUGCCAACCCAGGCCAAACUGAGAGGACCUGGGUCUUAACUGUUCUCUGACCUCAAGGCCUAUCUGGAAAAUAUCUUCUUCACUUGGCAAAGAGCCAAUCAUUUAACUCUCCUUUAUCAGCCUGGAGACUGGAAUCAUAAGGGCACCCUCCCGCAGGUGAGGGAGGCCUUACAGGAUCAGCUGCACCCCUUAGAGGGCCUCAGAGGUGGCAAGGGCAAGUCCAGAUGGGUCUUUCUCCACAGGCUGUCCUUAACCUCAGGACCUGAGUGCAUCUUCCUCUAGGAAAGAUAAAAGUAGAGGUUCAGUUCUCUAUCUAUCUAGGGAGGGACAUCUAGAGGAAACUCUGUAUAGCUAUAUAGAGGAACUCCACUGUUGACUUGAAAAUAAAUAGGUUCCAUGUGCAAGUGCUUGGUAAAAACUCCAUGAGAGUGCACAGAAAAUCUUCUGGCCUCUCCUCACUGUUUCUCCCAAGUUCCCUGUCCCAACAGGUUGGGCUGGCCUAGCCUGGGAAAAGGUCCCAGUCCCUAACUUCAGCCUGACCUGCGUUGUAUGGAUGUUCAGUGAGCUGGUCGCUAGCAAGUCUUCCUAGAGUUAAAGGAGAGGGUGCUGGCCCAGCGCCCACAAAUUCUUGGCCCAGAGGCACUGCUUCUCAGUGAGUUCAUUAUGCCAUCUGGCUGCCAAUGGAACUCAAAACUUGGAAGGCGGAAGACAAUGUUAUCUGGGAUUCACCGUGCCCAGCACUUGAAGUGCCAAAUUCCAGGAGGACAAGAACCUCAGCCAAUGACAACCCACCCGCCCCUACUCCACCUCCUUCAAAGUCCAGCUCAGGCCCAGGAGGUGGAAGAAGGUCACAGAGCCUCAGGACAGCCUAAGUCACAGUCUUCCUUUGGAACAAGUGCCUGGAUCCCAUGGGGACUUGAAGAAGUUACCAUUAUAAAUGCCCAGGCCAGCCCCAGAACUGAAGGAGGUCACUGACUCACAGUGGCCCGGAGUCGGGGCUCCAGGAAGGACCCAUGACCUAUCCAGGACAAUAAACACUCCCACUGCUCCCACCUGGGGCAAAGGGAAACAUUGAAGAAAACUUCACUGUUGAGAUAUUUUGGAAAGAACACAAAUGUCACACAAACCACUUUUCUGAACAUGACUGAGGUAGGGAGGGAGGGGGCAAGGUAACAAAAUAAUCCAGAAUUUCAAUACUUUUGGAUGUUCUUACUAAUACUGACCUGUGAUGAUAUGAUUCCCAGGGAGGACUGGGAACCUUGUUUCUUGA